AUGUUUAUCGAAGCAAUGGAGGAUCAUGUGAGGGAAUUCAAGGAUUCGGUUCACAACAUCGAGACAGUCUGCUCUAUCACACACCUCCCCACAACCAAAUCCAACACUAAUGAUAAGACUAUCAUCCCAUGUGAUGUUUCUAUUUGUACUACGGAGUACUACUACCAACAUGGACCUUUUCAUCUCAUACCCAUAAUUAUCUGGUACGAGCACAUGUACGCUUUGGCCACGAGGAGCGGCUGCAUGCAGAAUAAAAGCCUAGCAGUACCUACAGGAUGUGAUUCUCCCGUCCUCUCAUUGGUGGAUUCGUGCAUUUCAUGUCAGCCCCCAUGUGGCCAUCAAGGUUCUCACCACCUCAGCUUUGGACUUUUGCGUAACCAUCAAGGUUCUCAGCCGCAAAUGCCGACCAUAGAGAAGAAAGUCAAUGAAGAGGGUAAAAAAAGAGGAGAUUCCAUUUCCAUCAUAGCAUCACAGCACGCAAUUUGCAGUGGAGAAUUCAAUCAAAAUCCCACUCUCGCCGGAGACAGCCGCCAACUCGUCUUGAAAAAAAUCAAAAUAGAACAGCCAAAGUCAAAGGAUCCAACAACUCAGACAAGUGUCUCACUCAGCCCGACUCCCUACCGACUCCCUACCGCCCAACACGUUCAAGAGGAGCCUCGUCGCUGGUAUGCAGGACUCGGAGGGUCUGCUCAGGUUGAAUUUUUGAUUCUUGCUACUGAUCCGCUCGUUGUCUGGAUGAGGAUCCGCUGGAACGUGUUGGGUGGUUCACAUUGUGGCUGCCUUCAAAUACUCUUGCAUCCCACCAUCUUUCCUCCCCUGUUCUCUCACUCUCCUUGUCAAGAAUCUUUCAAGACUCACCAUAUUGGUUUAGCACUUCAAAUGCUAGCAACCAGCAUCAUGGCGGACGCAGAUUUCAAUCCUGACUCUGUCAACCUCACAGCUAUUGUUGCUGAAGAUGGAGACAUUAGAGACAUCAUCUGCUUUCUCAAUGCUGGCGACAACGACUACAAUGGACAGCUUGGUGCACGUGUUUCGGCUCUAUUCGUCAUCCUUGUCAUUUCGUCGGCAGCCACCCUGUUCCCCGUCCUGGCCACUCGUGUCCGACGUCUACGAAUCCCUCUCUAUGUCUAUCUCUUUGCCCGAUACUUUGGCUCCGGAGUCAUCAUUGCUACUGCCUUCAUCCAUCUCCUCGACCCUGCCUAUGAGGAGAUUGGACCGGCUAGCUGCGUCGGCCUGACUAGUGGCUGGGCUGAAUACACCUGGCCCCCUGCACUGGCUCUGACUUCGGCCAUGCUCAUCUUCCUGCUGGAUUUCUUGGCCGAGUACUACGUCGAGAGGAAGUACAAGCUGGCACAUGUCGAAGUCGAGGGCACAAUUACGUCGGAUCCUACUGUUCCUCAUAGUCAUCAAGGACAUCAAGGACUUCACUCGGCUGACCAGGACGGCCCAAUUCCUCCUCUCAACCAGAAGCCUGAAGAGCACAGCCACGCUUCUAGCGAUAAGUUCCCUUCCAGCGAUAAUCUCGAUGUGGAAGAGCUCAAGCACAUUGAUGGCGAGUCUAAGGAAUCCGUCAUGGGCUUCGAGUCUCAGAUCGCUGCAUUCUUGAUUCUCGAAUUCGGUGUCAUCUUCCACAGUGUCAUCAUUGGUCUCAACCUCGGCGUCGUCGGCGAAGAGUUCAAGACCUUGUACCCUGUCAUCGUCUUCCACCAAGCCUUCGAGGGUCUGGGUAUUGGCGCCCGCCUGAGUGUCAUUCCCUUCCCCAAGCGCUUCAGAUGGAUGCCCUGGGCUCUCUGCCUGGCCUACGGCUUGACAACCCCUAUCGCUAUUGCCAUUGGCCUCGGUGUGCGAACUACCUACAACAGUGGUUCCUUCACUGCCAAUGUCGUGUCUGGUGUCCUCGACGCUAUUUCUGCCGGUAUCCUCAUCUACACCGGUUUCGUCGAGAUGAUUGCGCGCGACUUCCUCUUCAACCCUCACCGCACGCAGGAUAAGAAGCGACUGACAUUCAUGCUGGUCUCUCUCUACCUCGGAAUCAUCAUCAUGGCCCUGCUGGGUAAGUGGGCUUAA